CCACAUUGAUGGAGAACAUUGAGAAGAUGCUGGAAGGAAACAGAGGAGAGUUUUUCUCCACAGAGACAUUUCUGGAGGCACAGAUGGAAUAUGAAGAGAUGAAGAAGACAAUCCAUUCACUAGAGACACAUUUAAUGCAACAAGGCAAUGACCAGAAAGUCCGUUUGAGUCUCCGAGAUGAACAGAGAAUUGUUCUUUUGGGAAAAACUGGAGUUGGGAAAAGUUCAACUGGAAACACAAUUUUAGGAAGAGAUGCAUUUACAGCAGAAACAUCUCAAGAGUCAGUGACUAAAGAGAGUCGGAGAGAAUCAUCUGAAAUCAAUGGCCGGCGCGUUACUGUGAUCGACACUCCAGGACUGUUUGAUACUGAACUGAGUAAUGAGGAGAUCCAGAGAGAAAUCAGCCACUGCAUCUCCAUGAUCCUGCCUGGACCACAUGCGUUUCUCCUACUGAUUCCACUGGGAAGAUUCAUUAAACAUGAGGAAACAUCCGUGAAGAUCAUCCAAGAGACGUUUGGUGAAAAAUCUUUAAAGUACACCAUGGUGCUCUUCACCAGAGGAGAUGAUCUGAAGGAUAAAACCAUUGAACAGUGUUUGGGAAAACCUGGAUCUCCUUUGAUGAAUCUGAUUGAAGCGUGUGGAAACAGAUUCCAUGUGUUCAAUAAUAAUCAGACUGGAGACCGAACACAGGUGUUUGAUCUACUGGAGAAGAUAGACAACAUGGUGACAGCGAACGGAGGGAGUUUCUACUCAUGUAAGAUGUUCAGAGAGAUAGAGAGAGAAAAACAAGAACAACAGAUGAAGAUCCUGAUGGACAGAGUCAAAGAAAGAGAAGAAGAGAUAGACAAACUAGAAGAAGAGAUUAAGAGAGAACAAGAGGAAUGGGAGAAACAAAAACUAGAGGAAAAGAUGAGAAGAGAAGAAGAUGGUGAAAAAAGAAGAGAGAGAGAAAAGCAGAUUUCUGAUGAACAGAUUCAGAGACUGAAGAGUGAAAUGGAGGGAAUAAUCAGAGAGAAAGAGAGAAUAAAAAGAGAGAGACAAGAACAACUAGAGGAUUUAGAGAAGAGACUGAAACAACAACAUGAAGAACUGAAGAGAAGACAAGUGGAGUUGAGAGAGGAAUAUGAAAGAAAGAAAGAGGAGAUGAAGAUCUGCUCAGAAACUGAUGAGUCACUGCAGGUGGGUAAUGAAGAGGUUCUGUCACACUGUAGCAGCAGCAUUCGGACAAACAUUGCCCUACCAAGCUACUCCUUCACCUAA